AUGGCUGCCCCAAAGAUCACCCUAUACUAUGACGUUGUUAGUCCGUUCGCAUACAUCGCGUUCAAACUCUUACGGGAUUCUCCAACCUUCAGCAAGUGUGAUGUCACUUUUGUGCCUAUUUUUCUCGGCGGGCUGAUGCAUGCCUGCGGAAAUACUCCACCCAUCCGAAUCAAAAACAAGGACAAAUGGAUCAACCAGGAGCGGAUGCGCUGGGCCCGUUACUUUUCAGUGCCAGUGUCAGAGUCAAUGCCGGAAGGUUUCCCACCCAAUACCUUGGCGGCUCAACGUGCUUUCGCAGCUAUCUCUCAACAGAUUCCUUCAAAGCUAGCUUCUGCUACCGGGGCGGUUUAUGAGGAGUUCUGGCUAAAAGGAAAUGCCAAAGCAACGCAGCCUGAAGUGUUUGUACCAAUUCUUGAGAGGUUUUUAGGGUCAGCUGAAACAAAGGCAGUCCUCGAAGCGGCAAACGGACCCGAGAUCAAAGCACGCUUGAGUGCCAAUACGCAGCAAGCCUUUGACUCUGGUGCAUUCGGUCUCCCCUGGUUUGAAUGCACAAACCCCAAGGGUGAGAAAGAAGGCUUCUGGGGCAUCGACCAUCUUGGUCAGGUAGUUGAUUUCCUGGGACUGGACCGCUCGCUAGAUCGUGGAUUCAAAGCAGUUCUAUAA